AUGAUUAAGCCAUACAAACGUUUCGAUGGAAUACCGCAUAACUGGCAUGCAGCCGAUCAGCCACAUUGUGACUCGAGCGUGUCAGUUGAUGCGAAGAUUAUUUGUGAGUUUACUUUUUUCCCUAAUAAAGAAGGCUCGAGGGCGGAAGUUCUGCACACCACUUCAAAUGUGCGGAGUACUCUGUUCAGUGAUAACAGGCCUAUGUAUGGAAGAAGAUUAAGUUUGAGGCGAACUCAGCCUCUUGCACGGAAAGAAGCCUAUUUCAAUCCUUAA